AUAUUUAUGUACAUAUAUAUGCGCGGAGAACGAUAAACAAAUGUACUUGAUUAUUUUAUUAUCGCACGGUAGAAGAAUUCGCGAUAACGGCGCUUAACCCCUGUCCCCUGCUCGAGUCGAGGUCGAUCGCGUAAAACGAGGUCAAUUGUAAAAUCUUGUACUCGAAAUCCAUUAUUAGCCUCCCCCUACUAUCUAAUCAUCGAAGCACCGUCAAACGUAUACGUUGGUGACAUAACGAGACAUGUCUGCAAAUCCAGCAUUUGAGAACACCGAGUUAAACGUGUUAGAGACUGGUCAUCUGACAGACGAAUCGAUAACGGAAAACAAGGGGACGAGAGAAAAAUCAACCGAUUAUGUACAAUCGAUAUACGAUGCAUUGGACGAUUUCCUUUCGAAGCAUCAUCGAGUAGUUCAUUUUUUCUCGAUGACACUAGGGAAUUUAAUCGUAUUAAUUUAUUUUAUUUUUGCCACGAUAUAUUGGAAAAAUAAUUACAACUAUUUCGAUUGGUGCUGUGGUUAUGGUUUGCUACUCCUUAUAUUGGUGAUCGUUUACGGCUCAAUUUUUUACCAUUAUGCCUUGAAACCUUUGUUUGGAAAAAUAUUCGUUUCCUGUCAUCGGCCAUACAACAAUAUCACCAACAAUUUCCGAAAGAUAAAAUAUGGCAACAUUAUCGGUCAAACAAUAAUUUAUACAUGUAUCUUUACUGCUAUCAUUGUCUUCCUCAUUAUCGACACCGUGAACUCGAGAGAAAGAUUAAUGAGCGGAAUCGGAAUCAUCGUAUUGAUAAGUUUAGGAUGGAUAUUCUCAAAGCAUCCUAGGCACAUAAAAUGGAAACUCGUAUUGAACGCAUUGAUCGUGCAAAUUAUCUUUGGUCUUUUUACGAUUCGAUGGUCUGUUGGUCGAUCUAUUUUCCAAUGUAUUGCCGACAAAGUAGAAUCAUUUCUCAACUUUGCAAAGAUUGGUGCAAGCUUCGUAUUCUCCGAUAAAUUGAUCACAGAUGGCAUUUUUGCUUUCACCGUCCUGCCCGUGCUCUUUUAUUUUAAUUUUAUCAUUCAAAUGUUGUACUAUUUAGGUACUAUGCAAUGGAUUAUCUUCAAUCUGGGUAAAUUUCUGCAAAAACUCAUGGGAACUUCGAUUUGCGAAUCGGUAGUUUGUGCUGGAAAUAUUUUUAUUGGAAUGACAGAAACACCGUUAAUGAUCAAACCUUAUUUGAACAAAUUAACUACUUCGGAAUUGCACACUCUCAUGAGUUCGGGUUUUGGUACCGUUUCAGGAACUGUUCUUGCCGCAUACAUUAAUUUUGGUGCAAAUCCUGCUCAUCUGAUAACCGCUACUUUGAUGGCAGCACCAGCAACUCUCUGUUAUGCUAAAUUAUUUUAUCCAGAAACUGAAAAGAUUAUAAUUACUUCCGAUAAUGUGAAACUAGAAAAAUCAAAAGACACUGGUUUGAUAGACGCAGCGAGUAAAGGUGCUACGGCAGCAAUCCCUUUGGUAUUGAAUAUAAUUGCUAAUAUUGUUGGAUUUGUGUCCUUUAUCGCAUUAGUAAAUUCUUUAUUGUCCUGGGUAGGAUCAUUAGUUGGUUAUGAAAAAUUAAGUUUCGAGCUUAUAUUAUCGAAAGUAUUUAUACCUAUAAGCUGGGUCAUGGGAGUACCUUGGGAUCAUUGUGAGGAUGUAGCAACUUUAAUAGGUUUAAAGACUACGGUAAAUGAGUUUGUUGCUUACAAAGAAUUGGGAAAAUAUAAGAAAGAAGGUCGAAUUUUUGGUAGAAUCGAGGCUAUAGCUACUUUUGCGAUUUGUGGUUUUGCGAAUCCUGGUUCUGUUGGAAUCACUAUAAGCAUAUUGAGUUCUUUGGCUCCUGAUAAAAAAGAAAUUAUAAGCAAUAUUGUCAUGAGAGCCUUCAUUUCUGGAUGUGUUAUCACUUUUCUUACAGCCAGUGUCGCUGGAAUGCUGGUACCUGAUGAUUACGAACAUAUAAGUGCAUUUGUAUCAAAUAGGACUCUUAGUUAAUAUUCUAGGUUAUUAUGUUUGCCAUUUCUAUAUAAAAUAUUUGUAAAAUAUAUGUAAAUAGGUAGGAUAAAUAAGAAAAUCUACAUUGUUUCAACUUAA